AUGACCUCAGUACCGGGGAAGAUUAUAGAGCAAAACAUCUUGAGUGAGCUCACUAGGCAAGUGCAGGACAAUCAGGGGAUCAGGCCCAGCCAGCAUGGGUUCAUGAAAGGCAGGUCCUGCCUGACCAACUCGAUCUCCUUCUAUGACCACGUGACCCACCUAGUAGAUGAGGGAAAGGCUGUGGAUGUUACUUACCUGGACUUUAGCAAAGCCUUUGACACUGUCUCCCACGUCUUCCUCCUAGAGAAGCUGGCGGCUCAUGGCUUGGAUGGUUCAGGACGGCAGCUAAGUGAAGUCUUCAUUCAGCUCCCGUCUAGAAAAGAAUUACCAGAGUAUUAUGAAUUAAUUAGGAAACCAGUGGACUUCAAAAAAAUAAAGGAAAGAAUUCGUAACCAUAAAUAUCGGAACCUCAGUGAUCUGGAGAAAGACGUCAUGUUGUUGUGUCACAAUGCUCAGACAUUCAAUUUGGAGGGAUCACAGAUCUAUGAGGAUUCCAUUGUUCUUCAGUCUGUAUUCAAAAGUGCACGACAGAAGAUUGCCAAAGUAGAGAGUGAAAAUGAAAGCAAGAAUAAUGAUGAUGAUGAUGAUGAGGAGGAGGAGGAGGAGGAGGAGUCCGAGUCAGAAUCAAAAUCAGUGAAAGUCAAAAUCAAGCUGAACAAGAAAGAUGAAAAAAGCCAGGACAAAGACAAAGGCAAGAAGAGGCAAAGCCGAGUAAAAGCCAAGCCUGCUGUGAGUGACAAUGACAGUGAUGAGGGUCAAGAUGAAAACGACCAGUCAGAAGCAAACAGAAGUGAUGAUGAGUAAUUCACAAAGUUUAUUUCCUUGGCAGAACUGACCCCAUCCCCUUCCCUUCUCUCAUUUUACAAUCACUGAAUUCAUUUUGUCAAACAGACACUGGGUUGUAUUCUCAUCCUCUAUAAACUAGCUCUAGGAUACUGCCCAACAAAUAUAUUAUAUCAUAGUGUAAAAAAGGAAAAAAGUAACAUACUGUGACUGAAUGGACCUCAAAGAUUUUUUUUUAAAUUCUCCAAAAUAACAAAAAAAGCUUUUGAUGAAAAAAUGUGUAUUGAUAGUAUAUUUCUCUGGGUUGGGUUUCCUUGGUAAUGGUUUCAUCAUGCCUGGUUUUAUCAUUUGAUGUUUUCAGUGUCAUCAGAAAGACAAAAAAAAAAAAGUCUUUUGUAGCAUUGAUAACCAGGAGAAGCCAUCAAAAGCCAUUGUGUAUUUUAUGUUUCAUCAGGCAGUUUUUUGCUCUAAUGUUUUUUUUUUCACUGUGGUGCAUAUAUGCAACUUUGUUUAAUAGCUUAUACAUAUACAGUAGUUAGCCUUACCUCACCUUGUCCUGUAUACAUUUUUUCACUUUAUGCUUGAUGAUCUUCAGAAAAAUGCUUUUUUGAAUUGUAGCAAAUUUAUGUGUACUGUAAACUCUGCUAAACUUUUCUCCUCCUGAUUAAAAAAAUGGGUUGAAAAACAUUUUAGAAUAUUGCAAUCUAUAUAGUGUAAUGAAUAGCUUCUUUCAUCAAACUGAUCUUCUAUGAUACCAGUGUGAAUUCUCACCUUUUCACUAAAGUGUACUUAAUCUUUGCUUUCUUUGCACAAUGUCUUUGGUUGCAAGUCAUAAGCCUGAGGCAAAUAAAAUUCCAAUAAUUUUGAA